UUUCAAUUUAUUCACUCCUUGUUAGUAACAUUAUAUGCUUAUGCACUCUUAAAGUGUUAUAUAGCUACUAAAUCUUGUUCUGAUCUACUAUUUUCUUCAAGGUUGCAGAUUCAGAUAAAUUUAAGAAGAAAUCAAAUAUGGAGAAAAUCAAAGAAAUGACGAACACAUUCCAUGCAAUCUCAACACAAGAUUGGAAAACUGUGAUAAAAUUCUACGAAAAACAUCAAGAUUACAUGAUGUUUCCAUUAAAUAUGAAUCGAGACACAGUUUUUCAUUUAGCAAUGUACAGCAACACCAAGCAACCGUUCCUCCAUCUCCAACAAAUUUUCAAAAACUACUCAGUUUUUGAAGAGAGCGACGAUCUCUUCUUCAGCCGGAACGAAAGAGGAAACACGAUUCUCCAUGAGGCGGUGGCCGUCGGAAACCUAGACGUGAUCGGAAUUCUGGUUAGAGAAUAUCCUACUUUAAUCGACAAGAAGAACGUGCUGGAUGAAAAUCCUUUAUACACAGCAGCUGCGUUUGGUCAGACGGAGAUUAUAAAGUUUUUAUCGGAGUUUUAUGGCCGGAGAAAUAUAGUGAAGAUCAUGUCGAAAUGCGAGAGGAGAAAAAUAGACGGGAAAUCGAUAAUUCAAGUUGCGAUUGAAGGAGAACAUUUUGAGACGGCUCUGCUGUUGAUAAAUUUGUUGAUAGAGAUGAAUCAAAGAAACAGAAUCCGGCGGUUGAAGGACAAAAAGGGAAUGUCGGCGCUUGAUUGUCUGGCUAGUUUGCCGUUUGCUUUCAGGAGUGGACACGCCAUGGGCGUUUUCCAAAGCUUUCUCUACUCUUGUCUUCCUGUUGAAGAUGAGACUACAAAUAUAGUCCUUCGUAGAGGAGAAUCUCCUAUAAAAGCCAACGAUAUUCAGUUCUCUUCAACACGUCAAAUGGACUUGGAGAAUUGUAUGAUCUCCGCUACUCAUAGGCAACAAUAUAGUCCAGAUGUUCAAGCGCUAGAAGGGAUUAAACAAUCUUUAUGGAAGUUCAUUCAAGGGUGGCAAGUGGAAAAGAUAUGGAAAGCAAAAAGAAAGCACAAAUAUGGUUUGAAACUUGCGAGGUUGCUGAUCCAAGAAACCAUUUGGGGAGAUGAAUUUGGUGGAAUUACAAACGACAACCAACACCUUUUCUCAUCAGACGACGAUGAAUUUGAUGAACCAAAUCCAAUCGACAACAAAGAGGAGGAGGACGAAUUCGAAAGAAACCCCAAUUUGAUCAACACGCAAGAUGAAGUUCAAGCAAAUCCAAGUCAGAACACGGAGCAUUCCUCCGACGAGAAUCAAGGGAGUAAUUUCAAAGCAAUUCAAAGCCAGAAUUUGUCGGAGGAGGAUGACUUUGAACGAAGUAAUACUAUUUCCGGCGAGCAAGAGCCUGAAAGCCACACCACCUCAUCAAUUGAUCCGAUUCCUUUGUUUACUGCGACGAAGAUGGGAAUAAUAGAGAUAGUGCGUGAAGUAAUAGAGGAGUAUCCUCAGGCUGUUGAGCAUCUGAACAGCAAGGGACAGAAUAUAUUACAUUUGGCUGUAUUGUACCGCCGGAAACACAUUUUUGAUAUGUUACAAAUGAUGGAAAUACCAUGGAUGAGGAUGACUCAAGUGAUUGAUAAUCUUGGUUAUACGUUGUUGCACCAUGUUGCCGACACUAAACACUACUCCGGCGGCACCAGGCCUGGUCCUGCACUUCAACUACAAGAAGAGCUACGAUGGUUUGAUAGAGUGGAAAGUGUAGUUCCAUCUUACUACGCCAUGCAUCACGAGAACAGCAAAAAUAUGUAUACUCCAGUUCAGCUUUUUGAAAUGAAUCACAUAGUUCAACUUCAACAAGCUCAGAAAUGGGCAAAGGAGACCUCUCAAUCAUGCUCAACCGUCGCUGUUUUGGUUGCAACUGUCGUAUUUGCUGCUGCAUACACUGUACCAGGAGGUACAAACGACAAAGGGUAUCCUCAUUUUCUUGACUCUCCAUAUUUCUUGGCUUUCACUGUGAUGGAUGUUAUUUCUUUGGCCUGUUCUUUGACUUCAGUUGUUGCUUUUCUCUCUAUACUAACUUCUCCUUUCGAGUUUGAUGAUUUUCGCCGAUCCAUCCCUCGAAAACUCAUAUUCGGCUUCACUUUGCUCUUCUUCUCUGUGAUUACCACUAUGCUGGCAUUUGGGUCUACCAUACUGCUAGUGAUCCGUAAGGAGAAACAGUUGACAGCAAGUCUUAUUUCUGUUGCGGCGUUCUUUCCUGUUUCAGUGUUUGCGAUUCUGCAAUUCCGUUUGUAUGGGACAAUGAUGAAAGAUAUUCUUUCGUUGUUAAUGAACUGUCUUCCUUGCUGUCGAGUUCUUUCUCGGCCUCGCCGUCGGAAGCUCUACUAAAGUAUGAUGCAUUUUCAGCAGAGUGCUCUGUUUUCUUGCUUUGUUGUCUAGGGUGAGGCUAUAUUAUACGCAAACUUGUCCACUCGUCCAUUUAAAAACUUUAAAACAUUAUAUAAAUUGUCUAUUGUUAUAAUAAUAUUAUUUCAUCA